UCUCAACGCUGCUAUCCCGACCGAUCCCGACCAUCUGAACGAUCUGAACGAUCUGCAUCAUGUGAACUGGCAUAUGUAUGUAACGACCAGGCUAUUGGACAUCUGGUGAUGUGUAUGCAUGGCUGAAAUCCGUGACGACAGUGCAUUGGAUAGCCCUGCAUUUGAAGUUCGGUUUAUAGGGGAGUCAAAGGGCAAAGGUUUGUUUGCUGUGAAGCCCUUCAAAGCAGGUGAUGUUAUAUUUGAGGAGAGACCCUUGGUUUGCUGUCAGUUUGCAUGGAAUGCUGCAUAUGGUUAUCUAGCAUGUGAUUUUUGUAUGAGGCCACUUGAGGGAGCUGAGGAAAAUGUACGAAGACUUACAGGCAAGAAGGAUAUUGUGUUGCCAUAUCCCCACUGCUGUCCAACAAACAGGAACUCCCACACUCAGUGUCCAUCAUGUGGGGUAUGGUACUGCAGCAGCACCUGUCAAGAGCAAGCUUGGAACCAGUACCACAGGACCCUCUGCCUUCAGUCACAUUCACACCAUCCUAACCAUCCUUUGGAGCAAUUGAAUGGAGCUUGGAAACACAUGCACUACCCUCCAGAAACUACUUCAGUCAUGCUUCUGGCUCGAAUGAUUGCAACAGUUCAGCAGGCAGAGGACCCAGCCAAUGCCUUGCACUUUUUCAUGCAGUUCUGUCAUCGAACUGUGAAUGAGGAGCAGGAGAUAGCGCACAAAUUGCUGGGAGAGCAGUUCAAAGGACAGAUGCAGGUGCUGCAGGAGCUGAUGGUUAAGGCACUCUAUAGUGACAGUGUACAACAGUGGCUCUCACCAGAUGGAUUCCAGUCUCUUAUGGCAUUAGUGGGAACCAAUGGCCAAGGUGUUGGUACGAGCCCGUUUAGUGAGUGGGUGAAGAAGGUGUCUGAACUGGAACUAGCAGCAGAUGAGAAACAGCAGCUGGAUUCAUUCAUUGACAAAUUGUAUGAGGAUUUAAAUGAAGAGGUUGGUACUUUCCUUAACAAUGAGGGCUCUGCACUGUAUGCUUUGCAAAGUGUUUGCAACCACAGCUGUGAUCCUAAUGCAACACCCACCUUCCCACAUAGUAAUUUCCAGCUGGCCAUGUGUGCUGUGAGAGACAUAGCUCCAGGAGAUGAGAUUCUCAUUAGCUACUUAGAUGAGUGUGCCUUAGAAAGGAGUCGACAUAGCAGGCAGAAGUUACUAAG